CUCCUCCUCUCCCUUCCCUCCUACCGCCUAGAUAAGCGCCUUCACCGCGCCGCUCCAGGCAGAGUCCCAUUCACCGCGCUCGGCGCUGCGCACCCCGCCGUGCCCGGGGCCUUUACGGAGCCGUGCCCGGGGCCUUUACGGAGCCGUGCCCGGGGACCUUGACUGAGCCGUGCCCGGGGACCUUGACCGAGCCGUCCCCGGUGCCGCGCUCACCCGCGGGGCCGCCGCUCCCCGCUCCGCUCCCUGCCGCGCAAGAUGCGGCCGGUGCUGCGCUGCGCGCCCCGACGGCGCUGCCCCUCGCCGCUGCUGGUGCUGCUGGUGCUGGUCACGGAAGUUUCUUUGGGAACGGCUGCAUUGGCACUGAAUAGGAGGGACAAGUUGGAUCUGUUGGACCCAAGCAGGGGAGAGGAAGAGUUUUACCUAGUCCAAAACAGCAAUAUCUAUUGCAGGAAAUGCGCUGCGGGCACCUAUGUUGAAGACCACUGUAAAGAGCAAAACGGCUUCAGCAAGUGUUUGCCCUGUAAAGACAAUGAAUACAUCGAAUACCCCAAUGACCUGCACAACUGCUUUGGCUGCCGGACGUGUCGGGAAGAUGAGGUGGAGCUGAGUCCCUGCCGAGCCAUCCGGGACACACAAUGCGCCUGCAGGAACGGCACCUUCUGCUCCCCGGAGCACCCCUGCGAGAUGUGCCAGAAGUGCCGGCCCCGGUGUCCCAAGGGCGAGGUGGAGCUGGCUCCCUGCACGCCGCUCAGCGACCGCCGCUGCGGGCCUCCCGCCACCACCUUCUCCGGCCUCUCUACCGGCUUGGCCGUGGUCAUCUCACUGGCAGCACUUCUGGUCCUCGUGGUGCUCCUCUGCCUCUGGAAGCACUACUGCUGCCAUUCCACAGGGGACAGGAGAGACCUGAGCAGGAAGUCCUGCAGCGUGGUGGACUACCUGGUGCAGCAUCUGAUGAGGUUCCGGAGCAGGGGCCUGGGGACACAGGACAACAUGCGCAACGAGCAGUUCUCCCGGGAUCAGCUGCUCUCCGGGACACCAGGAGAGGUGACUCCCAGUGCUCCAGGACCAGAGGUGACAGCGCUGGGGACCUCGCAGCCCAGUGUGAAACCCAGGAAGAAACUGGUUCCAGUGCAAGGAGCAGAGCCUUAUGCCCGUUUGCGAAGCAGUUUUUACACCUUUGCCCAAAAGGUGCCCCACGACCACUGGAAGAGGUUCGGCCGAGCCCUGAAUCUGCUGGAGAAUGACAUUGCCCUCGCAGAGAAGGAGGGUGGGCUGGAGAUGUUAAUCGAGAUGCUCAAGAAGUGGCAGGAGAAAGGAACAAUCGACACCUCUGUGAACACACUGCUGGACAUCCUGCACCAGAUCAAUCUCGGAGGGGUUGCAGAGGACAUCUCCUCCCAGCUGGUCAAGGAGGGAUCUUUCCAGUAUGAAGUGAGCUGAAGAGCAGGGCAAGCCCUGCAUCUCCCUGCUUCAAGCUGAGGCCACAAAUACCUCUAAGAACACUUGAAUUUUAUCUUCUGAUAGCUCUGCUGUGACUCCUCAGUAGCCAUUGCACAGUUGGAGCCAGGAGGAGUUGAUCCUCUCAUGAAAUGCAAACCUCAUGGUCCUCUCUGCUGAAGCUAUGGGCUCAAUGUUGGUGCUUCCUUAUGAAAUCCAAGCUGGUGCUUGGAUUUCACUGGGUCAAUGCAAAGAGCCUAAAACUACUGCAAGCUGCCUCUGGGAUGGUCUCACUUGGGAGCUCUGGUACUAUAUGGAUGUCUUCAGGACCAGUGCAUAGAGGGCCUUUGCAGGAUGUGGGCAUCCCUGUGGCUUUUAACUGGAUCAUCUUUUUUGGAGGGGUUCCUGGCGUCAUGCAAUGGCUUCUGCUUGUAGGACAUUUCUAAGCUGGCCAGCAAGCUCAAUACUGUAUGCAGAGUGGGCAAGCAUUAACUGGGUUCUGGGGUUACCUUCUCAAAGCUGUUGAGUGAAUGCAUGUAGGUGAUAGCGGUUCUGCUUGCUGCUAGGAAUCAGCUUGAAACUGGACUUUGAGGGGAGAGUGGGAAUGGUUUACAAUGGUGAUCACUGGGGUUGCAGGGAGCGAGUGAGCUCCUCGGAGCAGGAUGGGCAACAUGGGCAGCAAACUAUUGCUGUGCCAGAAACCUCCUUCUCCAUGGCCUUGGUCAAGCGGGUUAGUUCCCCUUCCCUUGGCCACGGCAUGGCUUUGCUGUCCCUGUCUCAGCCAGCUUGGAAAGAUGAAUGCACUGAGGUCUGAGCACGACUGUGGGUACCUGCCAUCCAUCCUCCAGCUCGACGGGCUGCUCCUCGCUGUGCCUCUUGCUCUGGCUCUCACACAUCGCUCAGGGACAACUUGGCUGGAAAACACAACUGCUGCAUUACUUGAGCUGGGGGUGUGCUGCCCUCCCAGCACAACCCAGCCCACCAGGACCUUCCUUCCCCAGUGUGCUGGGAGAGUGCGAGGGGCAUCACCAACCCCUCUCUGGCACCUCUCCCGCUGCUGCCCAUUCUCCCCAACACUUAAACUCCCCCAGCGAUAAAGCACAAGCAGCAAGGUUGUAUUUACGUAUUUAUUUAGUAAUGUAAACCUGUACAGAUCUUAACUUAAAAGCGAAUAUAAAAAUAGUGUUGUUUCUUUAUGCAUGGGUGUGUUUUUAUACAGAGCUCUGGCCCAGCCAGUUUCUUAUUUCCAGUUUUUACACGUCUCUUUAUGAAGGAAGAAUAAACAUUUAAAAAAGCC